AUGGCAAAGGAGGUUUCAGUGUUGAAGGACGAAGCACAGAUUCUAAAGCAAAGAAAUUUAUGUGAUUGCCCUCAGACAAUGUCUCCGGGUGCCAGAAAUUCGAGGAUUUUUGCACUUGAAAACAUGCUUGCUACUUCAUCCAGCACUCUUGUUUCUAUGGCAUCACAGUUGUCAGAAGCAGAAGAGCGCGAACGGGCCUUUAGUGGCAGAGGACGUUGGAACCAAGUUCGCUCUCUGGCUGAAGCUAAAAAUAUAAUGAACUAUCUGUUCAACUUAGCAUCCUCGUCAAGAUGCCAGCUACGGGAUAGCGAGGUUGACUGUCGAGAGAAGGAUUCUAAAAUAAGAGAUCUGAAGGAAAAGGUAGUCAAUUUAGUUAGACAAUUGGAAAUGCAGAAGGCUGAGCUUAUUCGUCAGGAGAAGUUGAAGAAGUUGACUUCAAUGAAGCACUCCAAGGAAAAGACGCAAAAUUCUGUAGCUUAUACAAUAAGCAAUGAGGAAGGGCAUGUGUAUGCUCUGCGGCCCAAGGGGCCCCGGAACUCCAUGGUUUACAAUGGAGGGACUAGUGUUCUUACACCAGAAGACAUGGAUACGGCUGAAUCAGAGCAUUCUGACAUGAAUGAAACUGAUGAUGACUGUGACUGGGAACAUUCUGAUAUUGAAGUAGCUGAUGAUGACAGUGAUUGGGUACUUGCACCAAAGGAGAGAAAAAGGCACCAAGCGAAGAAAAAGAAUUCCAAGAUCGAGAACCAUUCAGGUACAUUAUCCAAUCCAGUAAGUGUCAGUGACACCGAAAGUCUAGCAACAGAGACUACAGAUGAGGGAAAAGACAUUGUUGAAAGGAAAGUCGCAUCUGGAAUGUGCUGCUCAUGCAGCAAACACUCUUCAUGCAAGACAAGGAAAUGCGAAUGUCGAGCUGCAGAGGGCACUUGUGGGAUUUCAUGUGGCUGUGAACCAACUAAGUGCAGCAAUAGAAAUGCAGAACUGUCUGAAGGCAUUGACAGUGGUUUAGGCACUGAUCAAACAGAGAGCAGUCAUAUUCUUGCUUCUCAUGGCGCAAUGCUACUUCAGACUGCACUCUCUGAGAAGCCUGCUGAGACAAAUGAUUUCGGCGGGGCUAGAAGAAAACCAUUAUCUGACAUUGGCAACACACUGGUCAGAUCGAAUGUGCCAAAGCCUAACCAGAGUAAGAAAUGGCGGAAAUCAGUAAUUCAACUCGUUCCCGUGGCCCCACCUUCCUCCCAAAUAGAAAAUGCUGAAGAUCCAAAGAAACCAGAGAGCAGUACAAUUGAAGCCGACAUUCCUUUGAAAUUACCAAGAGCAAUGCGAUCUGCAUUCUCAAAUCACAAUCCAUUGAACGAGAUGAACUCCAACCAGCUCAAUGAUUCUGUUGUUAAUAAGGAGUCUGGAGCUCCAGCUCCCAGAAGUCCUCAGCGACAGGAAAGAACAGCGGAUGAGAAAGAAAACCAUAACCUUUAA